AUGGGCAUUCUGUUUUCUGGCAAAGCUUCUGUCUUAGUCAACGGGACUCCAACGGGGGAGUUUCAACACAAGAGGGGUUUAAGACAAGGCGACCCGUUAUCCCCAUUUUUAUUCACGAUUGCAAUGGAAGCUCUGCAUGUACUUAUGGUAAAAGCAGUAGGAUCGGGAGUGUUCAAGGGGUUAGACUUACCGAACAACGGUCCAUGUUUAUCGCAUUUAUUCUUCGCAGAUGACUCUAUUUUUAUGGGCUCAUGGGAUAAGGAAAAUAUGAAAUCACUGCGAAGAAUAUUGAGAAUAUUUUUCAUGAUGUCGGGGUUAAAAGUAAACCACAAUAAAAGCUUUCUAUAUGGGAUCGGGAUGAAUGAAACAGAGAUUGUGAAUAUGGCCAGUAUUCUGAAUUGUAAAAUGGGCCGGUUCCCAUUCACGUACCUAGGAUUGAAAGUUGGUGCGAAUAUGAACAGGGUGGGAACUGGAAAGAAGUAA